AUGCCUAAAUACAUUCUGAAUGGUAAAUUAGAUAUUAAACCUUUAAUAUCCGCUCGUAAUUUUCUCCAAAAAGCCCUCCAAAAGGCUAAAACUGAAUUAGAAAUUGCGGAAGUUUUUUGGAUAGCCGGUUUAGAGGGUUUAGUUCCUGAUGCAGAACCUUGA